CUCCCAGCAUUCAGUUGGUGCGCGGGCGGUGGGCACUUCAGUUCCGUAAGCUUUGGCGGCUGAGUGGACGGAGGCUGUCGGCCGCUACGCCGACGCAGGCCAGGUGGAGGGAGAGGUCGCCGGUGCACACCCGCCAGCCAUGAAGCCCCCCGCAGCCUGUGCAGGAGACGCCCUGGACGUGGCGGCACCGUGCUCGGCCGUGAACUACCUCCGGUGGGACCUGAGUGCCCAGCAAAUCGGGGAGCUCACCACCAAGCUCAUCGAGGAGACCAAGCGCGUGUACGACCACGUGGGCUCCCAGGAGCUCCAAGACGUGUCCUACGAGAACACGCUCAAGGCGCUGGCCGACGUGGAGGUGUCCUACACAGUUCAGAGGAACAUCCUUGACUUCCCCCAGCACGUCUCCCCAUCCAAGGACAUCCGGACAGCCAGCACGGAAGCAGACAAGAAGCUGUCCGAGUUCGACGUGGAGAUGAGCAUGAGGCAGGACGUGUACCAGAGGAUCGUGUGGCUGCAGGAGAAGGUACAGAGUGACUCGCUGAGGCCAGAGGCGUCGCGGUACCUGGAGCGGCUGAUCAGGCUGGGCAGGAGGAACGGGCUCCACCUGCCCGAGGAGACGCAGGAGAAAAUCAAGAGCAUCAAGAAGAAGCUGAGUCUCCUGUGCAUCGACUUCAACAAGAACCUGAACGAGGACACGACCUUCCUGCCAUUCACGCGCGAGGAGUUGGGAGGGCUCCCUGAGGAUUUCCUGAACUCACUGGAGAAGACCGAGGACGAGAAGUUGAAGGUCACCCUCAAGUACCCGCACUACUUCCCCCUCCUGAAGAAAUGCCACGUGCCCGAGACCAGGAGGAAGGUGGAGGAGGCCUUCAACUGUCGGUGCAAGGAGGAGAACUGCGCGAUCCUCGGGGAGCUGGUGAGCCUGCGGGCCCAGAAGUCCCGCCUGCUGGGGUUUAGCACGCAUGCCGACUAUGUGCUGGAGAUGAACAUGGCCAAGACCAGCCAGGUGGUGGCCACUUUCCUAGAUGAGCUGGCCCAGAAGCUGAAGCCCCUUGGGGAGCAGGAGCGGGCCGUGAUCCUGGAGCUGAAGAAGGCUGAGUGCGAGAGGCGGGGCCUGCACUUUGACGGGCGCAUCAACGCCUGGGACAUGCGCUACUACAUGAACCAGGUGGAGGAGACGCGCUACCGCGUGGACCAGAACCUGCUCAAGGAGUACUUCCCCAUGCAGGUGGUCACGCGCGGGCUGCUGGGCAUCUACCAGGAGCUGCUGGGGCUGACCUUCGACCUGGAGGAGGGCGCCACCGUGUGGCACGAAGACGUGACGCUCUACACGGUCCGGGACACGGCCUCGGGCAAGGUCAUCGGCAAGUUCUACCUGGACCUCUACCCUCGGGAAGGGAAGUACGGGCACGCGGCCUGCUUCGGUCUGCAGCCAGGCUGCCUGCGGCAGGACGGGAGCCGCCAGAUCGCCAUCGCGGCCAUGGUGGCCAACUUCACCAAGCCCACGGCCGACGCGCCCUCCCUGCUGCAGCACGAUGAGGUGGAGACCUACUUCCACGAGUUUGGGCACGUGAUGCACCAGCUGUGCUCCCAGCUGACGUCACCCCGGACGUGGCGACGCCCUCGGUGUCAGCUUCCAUCAUCAAACCCCAUGCACUGGGCGCGUAAACAACGGAAAUGGAUGUCCUGGAGGCUCUGGAGGCUGGAAGCCGCAGAUCAAGGUGUCAGCGCUGGUUCCCUGCAUGUUAAAUCCAUGUGCUCAAGAGUUGCCUUUAAAAAAGACAAAAGAAAAGAAAGGAACGUUGCCUGCAGGUCUGGUGACAGCCGGUGAUGAGAACCAGAGGGAAGGCUCUGGGGCGGGGAGCGCCGCGCCCAGUGAGGCCCUGGGGCUGCUGCCGGUCUCGGUGGAGGCUCAGCAAGUCCCGCUGACUUCCCCACGGGGGGCCCCCAGCUGAGCGGCCGGGCCCAGGACCCACUGCUCGCUCAGUCUUCCUGCGGUCAGCCCUUCGUCCUGAGAGCGAUACUCUCACAGGCUGCACCGGAGCGCGUGGGGACAGUUCACUGAGCUGUGCAGCCGUCACUACUGCCAUGUUUUGGAACAUUUCCAUCACCCCAAAAAUGUUCCUCCCGCCCUUAGCUAUCACUCCCCUCCCCAGCCCCUGACAACCAGGAACCCACUCUCUGACUCUGUGCAUCUUCCUGUUCUGGACGUUUCCCAUCAGUGGAGUCGCACCCUCUGUGUCCUUCUGUGUCUGGCUUCUCUCACUGAGCAUCGUGUCCUCAGGGUCCAUCCACGUGGUAGUGAGUGUCAGGGCUUCACCCCUCUGCGUGGCUGAGGGACGUCCCCGUGUGUGGAGGGACCUCUUAUUACUAGUAUGUUUAUGAGCAGAAGGUUUUGACUUUGAAGUUAAGUCUAUUAACUGUUUUCUUGCACGUUUUGUGUCCUAUGGAAAAAAAUCCUUCUCUAACCCGAGGCACUGAGUUUCUUCUGCCUUUUCUGCCCAGAAGUUUUGUAAUCAAGCCUUUCAUUUUGUUGUUGUCCACUAUGGUGGAGUGUUGUCUGUGGUGUGAGGCUGGGGGUCACCCUCUGUCACCACGUUGUCACCACCGAUCCCCACGCAGCCACAUGUGAUGUGUGUUUCUGUUUAAAGACACCUGGUCUGAUAGCAAUUGUUGAUUCGCUCACGGCGGGGUUGUAACCCUCGCCUGAAGGAAGCUCAUCUAACACACUCACUGUCCCCAUGAGCACGUCACCACCCUCCUGCACUUGGGACAGCAGCCAACACUUCAGCUGUAUGCUUGGAGCCGUGUUGAGCAGAGAAAUCACCCCAAAAACACAAAAAUGCACACAUUGGGGCAUUCAGCAGACCGUGAGAAGGACGCUUGUUUGCAGUUCGAGUGACCCAGGAGUGAGGAGGCAGCGUCUGUCCUGCUCCCUGGGGCCUGGGAAGGACAUGCCGGGGUCACUGGGCUCGUGUGGACCCACACCUGCCGGGCCUGGGUUCCAGCCACACUGCGUCAGGCGCCGUGUAUUCAGGAAGAAUUUCAGGCACGAAAAAGGAGCAAAGAGCGCCUGCCAACGGCUGCCGUCCGGAUGCACCGUGUCCGCGCCUUUGCCUCGUGGGUGCGGGGCUUUGGCUGGAGAGUGUUGGCUCCAUGGGUGGGGAGGGGGCGCGGUGAUCCACGGGAUGGCGGGCUCUCUGCACCCCUGUGUCCCGGGCAGGUCUGGGGUCCGGGAUGGG